AUGCAACCUGACGUCCUCGACGACCAUCAGUCAAAUCCGAUUCCAACCAACAGAUCAUCUCUCAUGAGCUCCUCUAUCUCCUCAAUGCCUGAUAUCCUCCACAGCCUAACUCCGUCUCAGACUUCGGACUCCUUCCUCUUCGAUCCUUCGGCUCCCCGUAACGUGUCCUACCGGGCAUGUGCACAAAACCUCUCUCCACCAGACCCGGCGUGGGCGCCCCCCUGUCCAAGCCCUUGGCAGUCAGACCUCUGGACGAUACCCUUCCCCUCGACCAGCGCUGCCCUCCAAGCCUCCCUUCCAAACGCGCUGGAACCGAGCGAGCUAUCAUACGGGCAGUGCAUCCUACAGAACCUCGCGAGCUCUCUCCCCGCCACCUACGCGGACAUCGCGCGAUGUUGGGACCGUCUGCCCGCUGCUGCUGCUGCUGCUGCUGCAAGCAUGGAAGAGGACCAGAGCAGCAUACGCCAGGUAUCAGGCACUUCUGACGUCAGAGUCACACUUGCUUGGACUGCAACGGACACCUCCUGCUUCUCCGCAGACGUCAAGCCCACUCCCGAUCAUUCCAGCCUGAGUGUGGCGGAGGGGCCGGGCCUUGAGGAGAACGAGGACGCGCCGGCGAUGCUGGACCAUGGGCUCAUCGACCGAUGGAGGGAGACAAUCAAACAAGUUGGCGAGGAGAAGGAUGGCAGUGAGGGCGUCGUGAUCGUCUUGGCGCGGAAGGGGAGGUCAGAAGCAGCAGCGAGGAAGCGAGUGGAGGUGACGUACGAGAUGCUGGCGAGUCAUUUCAACAAGAGUCUGGUAGAGACGUCGAGAAAGAUCGUAAGCUUGUUGCUGAUGUGCUCGAGUCUGGUACUGACAGGAGGACGACGAUGCUUGCAGGGGAUCGGCAAGUCUACUAUGAAGAUAGUGUGCAGGAGGCUGGGGAUCCACAAGUGGCCGUACAAGCACACGGGGAAGAGGCGCAGGCGAAGUCAGAUGACAGAAGAGCCGGUGAGUGGCCUCUGGGGGGGGGGGGGGGACGGCAAGGACUUGGCCAACUGA